UCAGCUCCCAGCACUCGACCCAGUGACCAGCAAUAGUUACAACAGCAACAGAGAGAGAGAGAGAGAGGGUCUUCUCACUUCUCACAGCCACCAUUUAAGACCAUUACACAUGCGUGCUGAAUAAGCCAUUUCACAUUCACUACUCACACACCGCCACCCUCACAAACCCUAGAUCUUGUACCUUCACGCAUACACAAGACUCCCCCCAUCUUCACGUAACUCUAACAGCACGCACACAUACACUCUCCCGAAUCCCGCAAACCCCAUUUUUCUCACACGCCCUUUUGGUUCUCCAUUGCCCAAUUCAACAAACCUCAUUUUCAGAUCUGGGCUUUUCUUCCCCACAUCCACUCCCCCACAAUCCUCCAUUUAUGCAAUUUGGGAUUUUUCGAUUUUCUGGUCCCCUUUCUUCAAGUUCUGCAAUAUUAUCCGAUCCCUUCUAUAAGAAAUCGAAAACCCAGUUCGGGUCUUGCACUGUUUCGGAAUUGUCUUAGACUGAAUUUUGCUCCUAUUUGUUUCGGAAUUUUGUUAAAUUUGAUAAAUUCAAUAGUGUCUAUGUCUUGUAAAUUUUCUACAAUUUAGGGGAUUUGCUUAAAUUGAUUUGGAUUUCAGAUUUUCGCGUGCUUUAUAUGCUUAGAUCCGACUACUACUGAGCAUGCUAUAUAUGUGGUAGUAGUGAAUUUUAGGUAGUGGGUUCUCAUGGCAAUGCCAUCGGGAAAUGUGGUUUUAUCGGACAAAAUGCAGUAUCCAAGCGGUGGUGGAGGGGGUGCCGGUGGUGCUGGUGGCGGUGGAGGCGGGGGUGAGAUCCACCAGCACUAUCAACGACAAUGGUUCCCGGAUGAGCGGGACGGGUUUAUCUCGUGGCUUCGUGGUGAAUUUGCCGCUGCCAAUGCAAUAAUCGACUCUUUGUGUCACCAUUUGCGCUCCGUGGGCGAACCGGGCGAGUAUGAUAUGGUUAUAGGGUGUAUUCAGCAGAGGCGCUGUAAUUGGAACCCGGUGCUACAUAUGCAGCAGUACUUUUCAGUGGCUGAAGUGGUAUAUGCGCUGCAGCAGGUGGCGUGGAGGAGGCAGCCGCGGUAUUUUGAGCCGGUGAAGGCGGGAGGCAAGGAGUUUAAGAGAUCUGGUAUGGGGUUUAAGCAAGGGCAUAGGGUUGAGGAGGUGAAGGAAGGACAUAAUUCUACUGUAGAGUCUAGUCAUGAUGGAAAUUCAUCGAUUGGUGUUGUGGGUUCGGAGAAAGUCGAGAGAGGGAGGGAGAAAGGGGAGGAAGUUAAGUUGGAUGAUAAGUGUUCAGCGCUUGGAGAGGAGAGAAAAGCAGAUACUGGCACAAAGUCUCUUGCAAAUAGCAGGUUCAAGAGUUCAGGGAAUUCUGAAGCAAUGGUUUAUGGCAACUCACAAUCUGAAACCAAGGUGGUAGAAGAAGGAUGCACCUCAAAUUCCAAAGAGAAUCAUUUGAAUUUAGAAAAAAACCAGAAUGAGAAGCCGAAUCUUGCUACUGUCCCAAAAACGUUUGCUGGCACUGAGAUGUUUGAGGGGAAGGCGGUUAAUGUAGUUGACGGACUGAAAGAGUAUGAAAAAUUAUUUGAUGAUUUGGAAGUUCAAAAACUCAUUUCAUUGGUAAAUGAUUUGAGGGCUGCAGGAAAAAGAGGACAAUUUCAAGGUCAAACGUAUGUGGUCUCAAAGAGGCCUAUGAAGGGACAUGGAAGAGAGACGAUUCAGUUGGGUCUCCCUCCAGAAGAUGACAAUGGAGUAGGAUCCUCUAAAGAGCGGAAAAUAGAAUCCAUCCCUGCCCUGCUACAAGAUGCUAUUGAACGCUUAGUAGGCUUGCAAAUUGUGACUGUGAAGCCAGACUCUUGCAUCAUUGAUUUCUAUAAUGAGGGUGAUCACUCGCAGCCUCACAAGUUUCCAGAUUGGUUUGGGAGGCCUGUUUGCAUCCUUUUCUUGACAGACUGUGAUAUGACCUUUGGAAGAGCAAUAGGGAUCGACCAUCCUGGGGAUUUUAGAGGCUCUCUCAAGCUUUCUCUUACGCCUGGAUCUCUCUUAGUAAUGCAAGGAAAAUCCUCAAAUUUUGCACAACAUGCAAUUCCCUCCCUCCGGAAACAAAGAAUACUUGUUACUUUCACAAAGUCUCUGCCAAAGAAAUCCACACCUAGUGAUGGUCAGAGUCUUGCUUCACCUGCAGUAGCCCAAUCAUCCCACUGGCCUCCACCACCCAGUAGAUCUCCCAAUCAUAUUCGCCAUCCUGUGGCUCAAAAGCAUUAUGCUGCUGUUCCUAGUACUGGUGUAUUGCCAGCCCCACCUCUUCGUCCUCAAAUUCCUCCUCCAAACGGCAUCCAACCAGUUUUUGUAACCACUCCCAUUGCACCAGCUAUUCCUUUUCCUGCACCAGUUCCCCUUCCUGCACCAGUUGCCCUCCCACCUGGUUCGACCGGAUGGCCAGCUGCUCCAGCAAGGCAUCCUCCACCCCGCUUCCCUGUCCCUGGCACUGGAGUUUUCCUUCCUCCACCAGGUUCUGGUAAUUCAACUCCUCAACAGUUACCAGGUACUGCUACUGAAGUGAACAUUUCUGCUGAGAUGGCUUCCCUACCUGAAAAAGAAAAUGGUUCCGGGAAAUCUAGUCAUAAUACAAGUGCUUUGCCAAAAGGAAAAGCAGAAGGGAAACCACAAAGGCAAGACUGUAAUGGAAGCGUGGAUGGAACUGGCAGUGGAUGGGCAGUGGUGAAGGAAGAACAAGAGCAGAGUGCUGACAAUGUUGUGGCAAGCCAGCCAGCCGGAGCAGUUUAGAGAGAGAGAGAGAAUGAGAUUUUUUUUUUUUUUCUAAGGGGUAGGCUGCGAACUUCAAUGAGUUUGAAGCAAAUGUAAAGAGCGGCAACAAUCGAGACGUGACACUACAUACUACGAAAGGGGAACCGAAGGGAGGGGGAAGAACUUUUCAGUUCUCUUUGAAGUCUCCUGUGUCCUCUUUUCCUUUUUUGCUGUCUUAUUAUAUGAACUCUUACACUACGUGGAAAACUCAGAUUCUUAAUUUAACUGUGCCUCUUUCAUGUC